GCCGUGAAGACAGUCAAGGUUCUCCCGUCGACGUAUCAAAAGAAAUUAUGAUUUCGGUAGCUCUGAUUAUUUUGUGCCUCUUCCCGUGCGUCCAAAAUGAGUACUUUCGUCCUCCUUACCAAGUUCUCCUGCACAAAAAGGACGAAUUGGGAACUCUGAGUGAUGGUCACUGCUUCGGGAAUAUUAUUCAAAGUCGUCUAGUCCUAACGGCUGCUUCGUGUCUCUUGAGUGCUAAUGAAACCUCAAGCGGAAGGGGAUUUCUAAGAUCUGAAGAAUUAGCCGUGUCCUUUAGAGGCGAAGACUUGGAUGAGUCGACAUAUUCUGUUAGUGGCAUUGACAUCUAUCCUGGAUUUGAUGUGUCGUCCUUGGAUAACGAUAUUGCUAUUCUGAGUCUAAGUACACAACUUCCCCUUUCGGAGAGAAACGAUAUUCAAUGGAUUCUGGUGGCUGACUAUGAUCUCAAGGAUUCUCCUCUGGAAGAAGGCGUGGAAUCCUCAAUUUGGAAAUUGUCCAGCAAAGAAAAUAUAUAUCCUGGAUACGGGGUUGUUCGCGAAAGUAAUUUAGUGGGAAUCAUUUCCUUCGAAUUUUCAUCGAAAAGCAAACGCGAAUCUAAUCUUGAAAUUCGAAACUCAGCGAGAUUUACGCAACUAAACUCAUAUUUGGGCUGGAUAUAUGCACUUCUACAGAACGCAGAGAUUGCGGACAUGCAAAAUAAUAACUACAGUGCAUCCCUACCUUAUCGCCAAAGAAAAAGCGCAGAAAUAGUUAAGGAAUAUGUUGAGCCCGAUGCAGUGUACUUUCAAGAACCAGUUAAUCCCACUGAAGAUGACUUUGAAACUGAAGUAGAGGAUUUGACAAAUGCAGAUGAAAACGAUAUCGAAAACGUAGAAGCUGGCUCAGUGGAUGUUACAAACCCAGCGGACACAUUUAAUGAAAACAUCGAAAAUGAAAAAGGAUUCUUAACAAACUCGGCAAGCAUGUCUAUGGCCAAGGGAAUUUCUUUAUGGAUUUUUAUAUUUUAUGAAAUUUUUGAGAAAUUUUGAUAAAUUUAUUGAAAACGUCAAUAUAUAUUGUGAACUUGCCAUUUAAAUCUUCUAUAUAUUUCAAUUGUUGUUCACGAAAAACGGUUUGCAGCUUUAAGAAUUAGAUUCGUAAAAAUUUUAUUUUAAAAUUUCAUUUGUAUUUUGAAUUAGUUUAUGUACUAUAAAAUAUAUCGAUAACCAAAUUAUAUCAAAAGCUGACCCAA